AUGAGAUCAAGCACGUUGGUCAUUCUAAUUGCCGUUCUUGUUUGGUCAUCGAGUUUCGACUCUUGCCAUGCUAUAAGAUGGCACCCAUGGUACUGGCGCCCAUGGUACUGGAGGCCGUGGUGGAUGCUGCCUAGUAUGCGCCACCACCACGGUGGAUUUGGCAGGCUUAAUCAUACAGCUCCACCACCACAACUCUCACCAUCACAGCCACCACCCUUACUGCUACCACCGUCACUGCCAUUGCCACCUCAUAAUGAUCAUCUGCCACCACCGCUACUGCCUCCACCACCAAAGAAGAGCCACGCCCCACCACCACUACCACCGCCAUCAUCUAAACCACCACCACCACCCGCCAAUCCCGGUCACGAGACAAGAAAGUUUCCCACUUUCAAUGUGCUAAAUUUUGGUGCCAGGGGUGAUGGAAAGACCGAUGACACAAUGGCAUUUCAUUCCACGUGGACCGCUGCUUGUCAAAUGGAGGCAUCGACAGUGCUCGUCCCAGAAGGACAUGAAUUCCUCGUGGGAACGAUUUCUUUUGAAGGUCGACACUGCAGAAAAAACAUCAUAUUCCAGCUGGAUGGAACAAUUAUUGCACCGAUGAAUCGCGAGAAUUGGGGUAGGGACCUAUCAAACUGGAUAGUGUUCAAAAGAGUCACUGGACUAACGGUACAAGGAGAAGGAACAAUCGAGGGCAGCGGCUCGGGUUGGUGGCAUGUCUCCGGAUCUGAUGAUCUUGAAGACAUCGAAGAUGUUGGGAAACAGUUGCGGGGCGUCAAACCAACUGCUCUGAGGAUCUAUCGGAGCAACAAUGCAACGCUCGCAGGGAUUAAAAUUCAGAACAGUCCUAACGUCCACGUAAAGAUUAUGAACUGCAAUGGAGUUAAGGUGCAUGACUUGAGCGUAUCAUCGCCUGGUGAUAGCCCCAAUACGGAUGGAAUACAAGUCCAUCGCUCGAGAGACGUGGUGAUCCACAGCAGCAAUCUUGCUUGUGGAGACGAUUGUAUCGCUAUUCAAAAGGGAUGUCAUAAUUUGACUGUAUACAAUGUGACUUGUGGACCUGGGCAUGGGAUCAGCAUUGGAAGCCUAGGCCCAGAUCACUCCAAGGCGUGCGUCUCUAACAUCAUGGUUCGGGAUAUCGACAUGCACGACACGACGAAUGGAGCUAGAAUAAAGACGUGGCAGGGCGGAAUGGGCUCUGUUCAAGGAGUGACCUUUUCGGACAUCCGAAUGUCCCGAGUCCGAUACCCGAUCAUCAUCGACCAAUACUACUGUGACAAAGGCAAGGACUGCGGGAACCAAACUUCAGCUGUGGCAGUCUCGGGAAUUACAUAUGAAAAUAUUCGAGGAACAUACACGGAUAUGUCCAUCCUCUUUGCAUGCAGCGACAGUGUCCCAUGCACCGACAUCACCCUCAAUGGCGUGGACCUGCAGCCCGUGCAACAGAAUGGUCAUGGCCAUCACCAUCACCACAUCCAUGAGCCGUUAUGCUGGCAGGUCUUCGGAGAGUGGACCCCAACUAAGGCCGCACAGAUCAAUUGUAGCUUGCAAGCAGGCAAGCCAUCUGGAUACAAUCGUGUCCUACUGAAUCUCAACUUGUGUUGA